AGAUGGAUUAUUCAGGCUCAUCCUCUGGCAUAUAGGCUCUUUCUUUCUUCUGACCUCCCCUCCAACCACCCUCACCCCUUCACCUCCCCCACUGUUCCUUCUACUCCAGGUCUACAACCUACACAUUUGUUCCUUUUCUCUUUUAUUGUAGACUACUUGGAUGCUUCAGCAACAGAGAGAAAAAGGCAAAUUUUCAGCUUUUUUCCCAAGAAAAUGGAACAGUAACAGAAGAUAUACAAUCAGGAAGGAUUUAUGAGGGCUUUCCUGAAGGCAAACUGGCUCUUUUGAGACUAUGGUGGCUGCUCAGCUAUUCUUUCUCAUCAGCCUGCUCUUUGUCAUCCAGCUGGAGCAGAGCCGAGGGAAGGACAUCUCAUUAGGUGAUAAUCUCCUGGAUCCAGAAAAACAUCAAGGAGGUAAUGAGGUCAUCACUUCAUCUCCUGUACUGGAAACAGAACUGGAUAAAGACAGCAUAACUGGAUACAAAGGGUCUCGUCUCCGCCAGGAAGACUUCCCUCCCCGGAUUGUAGAGCACCCCUCCGAUCUUAUCGUGUCCAAAGGGGAACCAGCUACGCUAAACUGUAAGGCAGAGGGCCGUCCAACCCCAACAGUGGAAUGGUACAAAGAUGGCGAACGCGUUGAGACGGACAAAGACAACCCACGCUCCCAUCGUAUGCUGCUGCCCAGUGGGUCCCUCUUUUUUCUACGCAUCAUCCACGGACGACGAAGCAAGCCAGAUGAUGGCAGCUAUGUCUGCGUGGCCCGAAACUAUCUGGGUCAGGCAAUCAGUCACAAUGCAUCCCUGGAAGUAGCUAUCUUACGGGAUGAUUUUAGACAGAACCCUGUUGAUGUCAUGGUUGCUGUUGGCGAACCUGCAGUGCUCGAGUGCCAGCCUCCCCGUGGACACCCAGAGCCCACAAUCUCUUGGAGGAGAGAUGGCGCCAACUUGGAUGACAGAGAUGAACGCAUCACAAUCCGGAGUGGCAAGCUUAUGAUCACCAACACCAGGAAAAGCGACGUGGGAAAAUACAUUUGUGUUGCCACUAACAUGGUGGGGGAGAGGGAGAGUGAAAUUGCAGUACUCACAGUGCUAGAGCGACCAACCUUCGUUAAACGUCCCAGCAAUGUGGUUCUGUUGGCGGAUGAGAGUGUGGAGUUUCACUGCAUUGUUCAAGGAGACCCUGUCCCCACCGUCCGCUGGAGGAAAGAUGAUUCUGACCUCCCUAAGGGCAGUCUUCAUACCAACAGAUUUGAAAUCCUGGAGGACCACACUCUGGUUGUUCGCCAAGUUGCCUCUUCAGAUGAGGGCUCCUAUACUUGUAUGGCAGAAAAUAUGGUUGGGAAGUCUGAAGCAUCUGCAACACUCACAGUGCACGUCAACACCGUGCCCCCUGCCUUCGCCAUACGCCCCAGGAACCAGGUGGUGUCAGUGGGCAGGACGGUCACCUUCCAGUGCGAAGCCACUGGCAACCCGCAGCCAGCUAUUUUCUGGCAGAGGGAGGGCAGUGAGAGUCUUCUGUUCUCCUACCAGCCACCGCAGCCCUUCAGCCGACUGUCUGUCUCCCAGAUGGGCAGUUUAACCAUUACAGACGUUCAACGCUCCGACGCCGGCUUCUACAUCUGCCAGGCUCUCAAUAUAGCUGGAAGUGUCAUUACUAAAGCUCUGCUAGAAGUUACAGACGGUGGAUCAGACCACCCCCCUCCUGUCAUCAGACAGGGUCCUGUCAAUCAGACUGUUCCUGUUGACAGCACAGUAGUACUGAAUUGCCAAACUGUUGGUACUCCGCCUCCUAAUGUUCAUUGGAAGAAGGACGGCACAUUGGUCUCUCCAUUGGACUCCCGGAUAUCCCUUACAGAAACAGGAUCACUGAAGAUCCACUAUACCAAACUAGGGGAUUCUGGAUUCUACACAUGUGUUGCUACUAGUCCAAGUGGAGAAGCUUCCUGGACCGCAUUUCUGCAAGUAGAAGAAUUUGGCAUUGUCGUCCAGUCUGGCCAUACCAAAGAUUCCAGCCUGAUUCCUGGUGCCCCAUCUAAGCCUGUAGUUUCUAACAUGAGCCAUUCAUCUGUCACAUUGUCAUGGAAGUCAAGCACCAAUCUUGGUCUACCGCCGACAUCCUACCUAAUCGAAGCAUUCAGUUAUGCAUUAGGAAACAGAUGGGUGACCUUAGCAGAACAUGUGAAAACAGAGUCCUACGUUAUGACCAAUCUGAAGCCCGGAGCCAUUUAUCUCUUUAUGGUGCGAGCAAUGAAUGCGUACGGACUCAGUGAUCCUAGUCCAAUCUCUGACUCAGUCAGAACUGAGGACAGCUCCUCCACCAUGCAGGGGGUGGACCACCGUCACAUCCAGAAAGAACUUGGUGAUGUUGUGAUUCACCUCCAAACACCAACAGUCCUGUCAUCCUCAGCUGUCAGGGUACAAUGGAUGGUCGAACAGCUGUCCCCUUACAUCCAGGGUUACAAGGUACUUUACAGAAUGUCCGCUGAGCACGGGCAGCCAGAAUCACAGUGGACUGUUCUGGAAGUGCGUGCUUUGCCGGGGGACGGGGUGGUGAUCAGUCAGCUAAAGAAAGGAUGCAUCUAUGAGUUCAAAGUGAGACCUUUCUUUGAUGAGUUCCAAGGAGCUGACAGCGAGGUGAAGGUGGUCAGGACAUUGGAAGAAGCCCCAAGAAGAGCCCCCCAGGGUGUCACAGUCACAAAGAGCGAUACCAAUGGGAGUGCCAUCCUUGUUUCCUGGAAUCCGCCUCAAGAGGCAGCAGAUGAUGGAAUCAUUCAGGAAUACAAGAUCUGGUGCCUGGGUAAUGAGAGCCGCUACCAUGUGAAUCAGUCAGUGGAUGGCUCAACCUUUUCUGUGCUCAUUCCCAGCCUGGCCCCAGGAAUACGCUACAGUGUAGAGGUGGCAGCAAGCAAUGCUGCUGGGCCCGGAGUCAAGAGUGAUGUAGCCUUCUUUCAAUUAGAUUCUGCAGGCCAGAUGAUGGACAUCAGUGACAAAAGAGGCACAUUAUCACAGAUCUCUGAGGUGGUGAAGCAGCCAGCUUUUAUUGCAGGCAUCGGCGCCACCUGCUGGCUGAUCCUCAUGAUUUUCAGCGUGUGGCUCUACCGUCACCGAAAGAAGAGGAGUGGUCUCAGCAGCACAUACACUGGCAUCCGGAAGGUCCCAUCUUUUACCUUCACGCCUACAGUGGCAUAUCAAAGAGGAGACUCUGUGUGUGGCUCUGGCAGACCUGUCCCUCUCAACAUGGGUGAGCCUCUGAACCAGCUGUGGCUGCCAGACAACUGGCCAAAUGCAUGUGCCAAUCAUAAGGACUGCAGCAUCAACUGCUGCAAUAAUGGUAACGGCACCAGUGACAGCAACAUGACAACUUACAGCCGGCCAGCUGAUUGCAUUGCCAAUUUUGGAAACCAUCCAGAAAACAAACAAGGAGGACAGCUUGGUUCUGAGACCCCUAUAUACAGCAACGCCAACCUCUCGAACAAGCUAAGUGAAAUUAAAGCAUUCAACAAUGGCAACUACUUCUAUGCAAGCCCAGGAGCAGAAUCGCCAGGCACGUAUGAGCCCAUACCAUAUGCCACCACACAGCUCAUUCAGUCCAAUAUUAAGAACAAGGCAGCUGCUGGUGGCUGUGCAGCUGAGCCGCUGGAUAUACCCAGCUGGAAACAGCCCCCCAGCCUUCCUCCAAUACCAAAGGAGACACCGCUGAUGCAGCACAGCACAGCCGAGCAGAACUGCAGUGAUCUGCAGGGAAACAACGCUAUGAUUUACCCAAAAAGCAUACCAUACAACCAGACCCGCGACCACAACACAGGCGGCUCCCACCAGAGUUCAGACAGAGGCAGCAAUAGCACCUCAGGGAGCCAAAAUCAAAAGAAAGCAAUGCGGGCCCAAAAGAUUUCCAAACACAAUGCAGUGAGCUGGGGAGAUGCUUUGUCUGAUUCUCAUCCUAAUGCCUGGGACUGCGAUGACUAUAGUUUGCCCAUGGAGAUGAGCUUUGAUCGAGAGCAAAGACUUGAAAGCUGCCCCACUCCACCAGUCAGAGGAAAAGCCUCAUCUACUACUGAAGUGUCCUGUAGUUGCCUGGCCUCUUCUACCUCACAGGGAGACCUUAACAACGGCCUUCAGGUUGAUGCCGAACAGCUUGUCCACACCUACUGCUCAAUAGUGGACACAGACGGACUGGAGGAAAACAAUGGGGAGGUCGGCAAGGAGACAGAGGUUGAGCUAGUGGAAAAUCUCUACAGUCAAUCCCUGCAUCACAUGAAGCACAAACACCAACCGCUCCACGCCUCCCCACACAAGCUGCUCCUGCAAGGUCUGGAGCAGACGCCAGCCUCCAGCAUGGCGGAGCUUGACAGAUCAGUCACAGGGUCUAUGGUAAACAGCUGGGGAUCAGCAUCCGAGGAUAACAUCUCGUCGGGCAGGUCCAGCGUUGUAAGCACUUCAGAGGGAUCGUUUUUCACAGAUGGUGAUUUCAACCAGGGAGUCACCUCUUCCAGGGACGUAGUCGGCCUGCGUAUGUGCAGGUACCCAGAGGUGCCAGGUCGCCGACACCAGCGACCAAGUAGCCCCAUGUCCACGGACAGCAACAUGAGUCCUGCAAUAACACAUAAACGGCCCAGACGCCAUAAACAGAACCAGUCUGCACAACAGGACCUUCAAUCCAAAGAUAUCUUCAGCGAUGACUCUUGCAUGCCUCUAAAUUUUAUAAGCCAGGCAUCCCAUGGCGACUACAAAAUGAGGGGGGCUACUCUGCCACGGAUGGGCUCUGGGCAGGGCCGGGGCAGGCGAGGCAGCACUGGGACUCACAGGGUCAGAGAGGGAGCAAUCGAGCAGAGAGAGAGUCAGGAAGAGGAUCCUCAAGGGGCCAAAGGAAACAACAACAACAUACAGCAUUCAGAAAUUGGGGAUGUACUUUUGUACAGUCGUCCAUCUUUCCCCUCAGGUCAGGCUCAGAGGGAUUCAGGUUGUAAUUCAUCAAACUCUCAGUCAUGUGGAGGAUCAAAGUCCAAACAGAAAGAGCAGGUCGCCCUCAUGGAACAGGUGGAAGAGUUUAUAAAAACUUAAGAAGCAUUGGGAGCACAAGAGGAGUAUACCACACCUGUCUCCCGGGACUAUGCUUUAAAAUAUGGACAUAAACCCAGAACGUACUGCACAAAAUCCUUUUCUACUUAAAAUUUCUCAUUUGAUGUUAAAAAAUUCUCUCAUAUUAAAUGGUGGACUUGUUUUUUUUGUUGUUUUUUUCUUGUCGAGCAGCAUUCAGGUCCCUGAACUGCUGGUUCUUCUGAAAGUAUAACAAAUGCACAUUCGAUGGCAGAUAUGAGUCCAUACAGAAGUGUUGCUUAUGGCAACUGCUUGAUGCUCUUUGUGUGAUGUUUGUUUGUUGUCUCGUUCUUGCUCUGUAACUAAACUAAAGUAAUUACCAGCCAUCUUGUAAAUUGUUUACCACCACAGAAGUGCUUCAGAAUUUUAUAUAACAGUGUUAAUGUCUUUUUUAGGUGAUGUACAUUUUGUCUCUGUAUUAUUUGUUCUACUUUGGUUAUAAAAGCACAAUCACUUAAUUUUAUUUGAAUUCAGUGUUGAAUGAAUUUUAGCCAAGAGGAAAUCAGUUGUUCAGUCAUGUUAAUCAUUUUUAUCACUUUAUGUCAGGCUGAGAAAAAGAUUUAUUGAUUGUGAUGUGCAUUGAGUUGUGUACUUUGAAGCUGCUUUCAUUCAAAUUUGAACUAUCUCUGUUGUGUGUACUGGGAAAAUUGCAUGCAGAUUCAAAACGAAGGACAUUCUUUCCUAAAAAUAUUCCAUGCUUUGCCCUUUAUUUGGGAUUAUAAAAAAGAAUGGUCAUGGACCAAUUCCAUUUCUUGUUUCCCAGUGCUGCGUUUAUUAGAUAUAUUUCUCUAUUCCCCUAGCAUUGGAAACAAGUUGUACGAGUAGGGCUGGGCAACAAAUCACCAAUUUACAAUAUAGAAAUUACAAACGUAAACAUACAUCUGCACAUAGUUGAACUGUGACUUUUGGUGGAACAUUUGUUCAGUAAUGUUAAAAGUAAACAAGUGUAUAUUUUUUACUUUAUUCUUAAAUGUUAUUACAAUGCCUUGCAGAAGUAUUCCAAUUGCUUGAAUGUUUUCACAUUUUCAAACCUUUUCACAAUGCAAACUUCCAUGUAUCGUAUUGAAUUUCAAUGUAAAAAGGUCAACACACAGUAGUUAAUAAUUGGGAUAUUGAGGGAAAAGAGGUUUUGUUGGGCUUUUUUUCAAAUAAAAUGCUGAUUAAGGUGG